UGACCAUCCGAGGUCAAACCCCGCGUGGGACGGAGGUUGAUUCUCCGCAACUCUAUCCCCACAGCGUCAAAUGAAAUGCAUAAUUCUUUGUCUGUGUUAUAAAAGCAUAAUGAAACCCAGGCUUUGGGGUAAUUUAACAAAAAACCGAUAAAUAACUUGUACUGAUCUUUAACAUGGCCCUCCCUGUGGAAUGCGACAUCCUCGUCAUCGGAGGUGGCAACGCAGGCUUCUGUGCAGCCAUCUCCGCCGCUGAAUCUGGUGCUCGCAGAGUGAUCAUUAUCGACAAAUGCCCUGAAGAAUGGGCUGGAGGAAACUCUUACUUCACGGCGGGUGCAUUCCGCACUGUCCACCACGGCUUGAAGGACUUGCUACCGAUUGUGAACAAUGUCGACGAAAAGACAGCACAAAAAAUCGAUAUUAACCCAUAUACCACCGAAGACUUCACCCGAGAUUUAGACCGCGUAACGAGCGGACGGACGCAUCCCGCCCUUUCUCGUGUCCUUGUUCAGGAGUCGAACGGUGCCAUCAAAUGGCUGGCUCGCAAUGGUGUUCGAUUCCAGCUGUCCUUCAACCGGCAGGCAUAUGAGGUAGACGGACGAUUCAAAUUCUGGGGCGGACUAUCACUCAAAACCGAGGAUGGAGGGAAAGGACUCAUCAAAGACCAUCGUCAAGCAGCCCAAAGGCUUGGGGUAAAGACCUUCUUUUCAACCGCCGCCAAAAGACUGAUCACCGACCCGACGACUGGGGAGGUGACGUCGGUGGUUGUGUCACACCACGGUCGAGACAGUGAGAUCAAGGCUGGGGCCGUCAUCCUGGCCGCGGGUGGGUUUGAAGCCAACCCACGCAUGCGUGCACAGUUCCUCGGACCGCACUGGGAUGUAGCCCUGGUACGCGGCACACCGUACAACCAAGGCGAUGGCUUCGAGAUGGCCAUCCGCGAUGUCUCAGCCAAACAAGCCGGGAACUGGUCUGGCUGCCACUGCGUGGCGUGGGAUGCAAAUGCACCCACCGACACGGGCGAUCGCGAGAUCUCAAACGAGUUCACCAAAUCCGGGUAUCCGCUGGGGAUCAUGGUGAAUCGGCGCGGAGAUCGAUUUGUCGACGAGGGGUCGGAUAUGCGCAACUACACGUAUGCGGUGGUCGGACGGCAGAUCCUGAACCAGCCAGGCCAUGUGGCAUUCCAGGUCUGGGAUUCACGAACGAUUCCCUGGCUCCGUGCGGAAGAGUAUCGGCCGGAGGUUGUGCAGCAGAUCACUGCGUCUUCGAUCAGCGAACUGGCGGAUAAAUGCGCCGAGCACGGUCUGGAGGAUCGACAACGGUUUAUCCAAUCAAUCAACGACUUCAACCACGCGGUCUAUCAGAGUCAGAGGGAGAAUCCGGGGUUGAAAUGGGACCCGGCUGUUAAAGAUGGGAUGUCCACGCAGUCGUCGACGACGAACUUGUCCGUGCCCAAGUCGAACUGGGCUCUCCCGAUUGACCAGGGACCCUUCCUAGCCGUGAAGGUUACGGCUGGGAUUACCUUUACAUUUGGCGGACUGGCCGUCAACCCAGAGACUGCGGCAGUGGUUUCAUCGACGACUCACGCAGAGGUGCCGGGGUUGUACUGUGUUGGAGAGAUGCUGGGUGGAAUCUUCUAUGACAACUAUCCGGGAGGAAGUGGAUUGACAUCUGGAGCAGUUUUUGGUCGACGAGCAGGACAGGCUGCUGCACAGGCUGCUCGAGUGUCUAAGUCCAUGAGUGCACGAUUGUAAUUACUCUCUUGACCUAAUACUGUGCUACCAAUAUGAAUCAUAAGGC